AUGAAAGAUGAGUAUAGUGCUUUAAUUAAAACAGGGACAUGGGAAUUGGUGCCUAGGCCUACGGGGGUGAACAUUGUUAAUUGUAUGUGGCUCUUUAAACACAAAUACAAGUCUAAUGGUGACCUUGAAAGGCACAAAGCUCUCUAUGGUUUGAAACAAGCUCCCAGAGCUUGGUACCAACACUUUGCAAAUUUUCUUAUUAAUUUGGGAUUUGUCAUUACUAAAAGUGACACUUCUCUCUUUACUUUCCGGCAGGGAGAUGAUAUGGCAUAUUUGCUCUUAUAUGUUGAUGAUAUUCUUUUAACUACCUCAUCUGACAGGUUGCGCACAUGGAUCAUCUCUCAGUUGCAAACUGAGUUUCCCAUGUCUGAUUUGGGGCCUCUGAGUUAUUUUUUGGGUAUUGCAGUAACCCGAAAACCUUCUUAUAUGCUACUUUCGCAAGAAAAGUAUGCACGGGAGAUUUUAGAGCGUGCAGGGAUGGCCUCUUGUAAGCCUUCCGCUACUCCAGUUGACACUAAGUCCAAACUUAGUGCAGAUGCAGGGCCACCUUUUCGGGAUCCUACUUUGUAUCGCAGUUUAGCAGGUGCUCUUCAGUACCUAACUUUUACCAGGCCAGAUAUUUCCUAUGCGGCACAACAGGUGUGUCUCUUUAUGCAUGAUCCACGGGAACCUCACUAUGAGGCAUUGAAACGCAUUUUGCGUUAUGUUCAAGGUACCAUUGAUCACAGUCUACAUUUAUAUCCUACUGUUUCACAUCGACUGAUUACUUACACUGACGUUGACUGGGGAGGUUGUCCCGACACCCGACGUUCCACAUCGGGAUACUGUUGUUUCCUUGGGGACAACCUCGUAUCCUGGUCAUCUAAGCGUCAACAUACAUUAUCUAAGUCGAGUGCAGAAGCAGAAUAUCGAGGCGUCACAAAUGUUGUCUCUGAGGCGUGCUGGCUCCGUAAUCUUCUCCUAGAGUUACAUUGUCCUCUACGACAGGCUACUAUUGUUUAUUGUGAUAAUGUCAGUGCUAUCUACCUUUCUGGCAACCCCGUACAGCACCAACGCACCAAACAUGUGGAGAUGGAAAUUCAUUUUGUUCGAGAAAAGGUUGCAUUGGGACAAGUUCGGGUUCUCCAUGUUCCUACUAGAUAUCAGUUCGCAAACAUUUUCACUAAAGGCCUACCGCGAGAAUUAUUUCUGGAAUUUCGAUCCAGUCUUAGCGUACGACCUCCUCCCGCUACGACUGCGGGGGUGUGA